AUGGGGACAUCUGAGAUCCCCCAGUGUGCCGGCUGCAACCAGCACAUCCUGGAUAAGUUCAUCUUGAAAGUCCUCGACCGCCACUGGCACGGUUCUUGCCUCAAGUGUGCAGAUUGCCAAAUGCAGCUGGCAGAUCGCUGCUUCUCGAGAGCCGGGAGCGUCUAUUGCAAAGAAGACUUCUUCAAGCGUUUCGGUACAAAAUGUACAGCGUGCCAGCAGGGGAUCCCACCCACGCAGGUGGUCAGGAAAGCCCAGGACUUUGUCUAUCACCUGCACUGCUUUGCCUGCAUCAUCUGCAAUCGCCAACUGGCCACAGGCGAUGAGUUCUACCUCAUGGAAGACGGACGCCUGGUGUGCAAGGAAGACUAUGAGACAGCCAAGCAGAACGACGAUUCAGAAGCUGGAGCUAAGAGGCCUCGAACUACCAUCACAGCCAAACAGUUGGAAACAUUAAAAAAUGCCUACAAAAACUCCCCCAAACCAGCGAGGCAUGUGCGGGAGCAGCUGUCUUCUGAAACUGGAUUGGACAUGCGGGUUGUACAGGUCUGGUUUCAAAAUAGAAGAGCCAAAGAGAAACGCCUGAAGAAAGAUGCUGGGCGUCACCGCUGGGGCCAGUUCUACAAGAGCGUCAAGAGGAAUCGAGGCGGCAGCAAACAUGAAAAGGAGAGCUCUGCAGAGGACUGUGGGGUUAGUGAUAGUGAGCUGAGCUUCAGAGAAGACCAAAUCCUCUCAGAGCUUGGCCACAACAACAGAAUUUACAACAAUGCUGGUGAGGUGGCUAGUGGACAGCUAAUGAACGGUACUUUCUCAAUGGAUGGGACUGGACAAUCGUAUCAGGACUUGAGGGAUGGAAGCCCCUACGGAAUCCCACAGUCUCCCGCUUCCAUAUCAUCCCUUCCAUCACAUACUCCGUUGCUAAAUGGCCUGGAUUACACAAUGGACAAUAAUUUAGGAAUAAUGGCACACGGAGGGCAGGGGGUGAGUCAGACACUCAGAGCUAUGGCUGGAGGCCCAACCUCUGAUAUUUCUACUGGAAGCAGCGUUGGUUAUCCAGACUUUCCAACAAGCCCUGCCUCUUGGCUUGAUGAAAUGGAUCAUCCUCCUUUUUAAAACUUCGCACUCCCUUCAGUUUUGCCAUAUCCCCACUUGC